GGAGGAAGACCGGGAGGAGGAGCCGUGCGCCGCGGCGGCUGCUGCGGCCGCCGAGGGAGCCGAGCGCCGGGGCGCGGGGAGUGCGGGAGCCGAGCGGUCGCCGAGCCGGGGCCGCGGGCCGAGCUGCCGAUUGGCCAACGGCUCGUUUCAACCCUGCCUCGUUGGUGGCCACUGGAGAAGCGCGGGGGGCUCCCCAGACAGCCGUGGGGACAAGUUAGAGCCAGCACUUUACCCCGGGCCUCGCGUGUAGCUUCCCCUCCCCUGCUCUAGGUGCCCGGUGUCUGGAGGGGGGUGCGGGUGCGGGGGUGUGCCCUCCGUACAUGUCCCACCACCCGGCCAACCCUCUGGGUUUGUGUGCCAUCUCGCUCUUGCUUCCUGCACGGUGGUCGAGGGGAACCACUUUGCAUCAUGUCCCGGUAUAGCUACCAAAGUCUCCUGGACUGGCUCUAUGGGGGCGUGGACCCCAGCUUUGCAGGCAAUGGGGGCCCCGACUGUGCUGCCUUCCUUUCUUGGCAGCAGCGGCUGCUGGAAAGUGUGGUGGUCCUCACCCUGGCUCUGUUGGAGAUCCUGGUGGCCCUGCGGCACAUCCUGAGGCAGACGAAGGAGGACGGUAGGGGUGGCCGUGGCUGCCAGCCAGAGCAGGUGACCCAGCGGCCAGAGGAAGGCAAGGAGAGCCUGAGCAAGAAUCUGCUCUUAGUAGCCCUGUGCCUGACCUUCGGGGUGGAGGUGGGCUUUAAGUUCGCCACCAAGACCGUCAUCUACCUGCUCAACCCCUGUCACCUGGUCACCAUGAUGCAUAUCUUUCUCCUGGCCUGCCCUCCAUGUCCUGGAGCUAUCGUCGUCUUCAAGCUGCAGAUGCACAUGUUGAAUGGAGCUCUUCUGGCCCUGCUGUUUCCUGUGGUAAAUACCCGGCUGCUCCCCUUUGAAUUGGAGAUUUACUACAUUCAGCAUGUUAUGCUCUACGUGGUGCCCAUCUACCUGCUAUGGAAAGGAGGUGCUUACACCCCAGAGCCCCUCAGCAGUUUCCAGUGGGCCCUUCUCUCAACUGGCCUCAUGUUCUUUUAUCACUUCAGCAUCUUGCAGAUCCUGGGCCUGGUCACCGAAGUGAAUUUGAACAACAUGCUGUGUCCGGCCAUCUCAGACCCAUUCUACGGCCCCUGGUAUCGCAUCUGGGCCUCGGGACACCAGACUCUCAUGACUAUGACCCACGGGAAGCUGGUCAUCCUGUUCUCAUACAUGGCUGGGCCCUUGUGUAAAUAUCUGCUGGAUUUGCUCCGGCUUCCAGCCAAGAAAAUAGACUGAAGGUGCUUGUGUUUUUUUUUUUUUUUUUUCUCCCUGAGGAAACAAGUCCUGACUUGACUUGGAGAACACCCAGUUCUUGAUGAAAUCAUGGGAGAGGGCAAUAGGAUGUUUGAUGUAUUUCAUUUUUCCUCUUCUCUGUCCCUUUCUUCCACCACUCUUCCUUCCCCAGCUCUUCCCACCAGGAUGUCUCUUGGAGCCUGGGGUGUAGUGCUGAGGGCUGGAUUCUUCCUCCUCCCCUUUGGCUCCUUCUCCCUGCUCCUAGUGGCCUUACAUGGGGAGAUGGUAGUCAGUGGCUUUCACUCUGCUUGUUGGUGCUUUAACAACAGCUGGUUGAGGAGAAAGGGAACAACAAGCAGUAGUUCUUUUGGCAUCGAAGUGUUGAGAUUGGGUUGUGUUUCAUUUCUCUACUGCCAGGGACCUCCAGGCUGAUUGCUAGGUCCCCUCUUGUCUCCAGCACAGCCCCCACUGUAAGGGGACUGAGGCCUUGUUUCUAUACCAGCGGCAAGCCUAGAGCCAAGGGAUUUCCCAGCUCAUGGCCAAAAUAGAACUGGCCAGAUUCUUCCCACUGGUGUCCCAUGACUCAAAGCAAGCAGCCAACCAGCCACUCCCUCCAGGAUGCUGCCUGCGGUGGGAGGUGGGGACACUACCCGGCCCUAGGGCUAGAUUCCAAUGAGGGGAUGGAGAGCUGUUGCAGUGGCAAUUCCAAAGUGAACAAGGUUCAAAUGCCCACAACUAAUACUAGGCAGGACCCUGGGUAGAUUCUGCCUAUGAGAGCUGAGAAUGGACCCAUAUCCCAAUCAGAAGUGAGCAUAGAAAUUAAUCAACAGAAGUGGUAACUUGAAAACUGUGAUUUGAAUCAUAUGCUCCAUUUGAGUUUAAUGUUGAUAAUAGAUGCCAUUUUAAUCUUGAGUGCCCCUUAGAUGUUCUCUCUCUCUCUCUUUUUUAAAGGCAGCUUCAGGGAAAGAUGAGCUGGAGUUGGGUUUUUUGCUUUUUGGUUUUUGUUUGUUUGCUCAUUUGUUUUUGAGUUUGGAGAAUCCUUGCAUCAGGUCAUGUCUCUGGAGGGGCUUCUGUCAAUCCAUUUUGUGGGUUUCCAGGAUAUGUCAGCAUCCUGGGUUUGGGAAGAUACAGAUCCUUCCAGUGUUGUUUCCCUAGGGCCAGAUGUCAUUAGUGCAGCCGGACUCAAUGCUUACUUGUUUAGUGUGGGGGGCAUCACAGGCUCUCUGCCCUGCCCACCCACAAAGCCCAUGUCUAGUUUGAAAGGGAGGUACCAAGGAAUCAGGUCCCCAUGGGUGGAGGUUCAAGUGCUCCAAAAGGAAGACCUUUUGUUGAAAGACUUGAGCUCACUCAUGCAUGGACCUCAAAAAGGGAAGCAGUGGCUGAGCAUUUGCUGACUCCUUGUUGGCUCUUAGUAAAAACAGAUUUGCUUAAGAACAGAAAAGAUGGUUCAGUGACUUCCUGAGAUGGGCCUCCCCUCUCCCACUCUAGGCAACCCAGUUGCCCUGUGCCAGUUCCAGUAUUUCAGGUUUUACUGUAUUAGACCUAGAUCGAGCUUCAGUGCCUCAGUGGUCACGAUUUUAGCAAAUGGACAUACAGGAAGCAGCAGAAUGCAGGAGAGUCUGUCAGAGCAAGGUGACGCCCAGGGAAGCCAGCAUGAGAGCCCUUUUGCAGAGGCCUGUUGGCAAUGAGGUGAUAAAUCCCCAGGGCAUGGGGGAGCAAGAGGGAGAACACCGAGUGCUCUUACUUCUCAUGAGCUCCUCGCGGCAUGUAACCUUCAUUGUCUGCCCUCUUUGAGAGCUUGGCCAAGUUUUUCUUAGUGCCUCUCACCCUAGGGUUGCCUUCCAGAAGAGGCACCUCUUGAGUGGCUGGAUUCGCCCUGCCCACCAUCAUGCUGCUGCGUGUAGGAAUGGCUGAUGAGGAAAUAUGAGGCCUCAAUGCCCCUUGUCCUCUUU